AUGGCGCCGUCUAAGAAGGCUGGCAAGAAGGUCGCGGCUGCACCCAAAAAGGGCGGCAGCAAGCCAACGAAGGUGGCGAAGGCGGACUGGAAGGAGGGUUUCAAGAAGAAGCAAGUCGGUGUGUCUGACAUGACCUUACUCACCGCAAUCACAAACGAGACCAUCACCGAAAACCUCGAGAAGCGUUGGCUGAAUGGCGACAUCUACACGUACAUCGGAGCCGUCUUAAUUUCUGUGAAUCCAUUCAGAGAGACGGGUAUCUACACUGACGAGGUUUUACAGCGGUAUAAGGGCAAGAACAGGCUCGAGAUGCCGCCGCAUGUAUUCGGAAUUGCAGAGUCUGCAUACUACAACAUGAACGCGUACCACGAUAACCAGUGCGUGAUUAUUUCCGGCGAAUCGGGGGCGGGUAAGACGGAGGCGGCGAAGCGCAUAAUGCAGUACAUCGCCGCCGUUUCUGGAGGCCAGGGCGGCAGCAUCCAGGAGAUCAAGGACAUGGUGCUCGCCACAAACCCGCUACUAGAGAGCUUUGGAUGUGCGAAGACGCUUCGCAAUAACAACUCCAGUCGACAUGGCAAAUACCUUGAAAUCAUGUUCAAUGACCAAGGGGAGCCUAUCGGGGCCCAAAUCACCAACUACCUUUUGGAGAAGGGACGCGUAGUUGGUCAGGUGGAGAACGAGCGCAAUUUCCACAUAUUCUACCAGUUCACGAAAGGUGCCUCGGACGAGCAGCGAGAAAUGUACGGCCUGCAGACGCCGGAAGCCUAUGCUUACACAAGUAUCAGCAACUGUCUCGAAGUCCAGGGCAUCGAUGACCUGCAGGACUUCAGUGAGACCAUUCGAGCAAUGCAAAUUAUCGGGCUAAGCCACCUUGAGCAAAGCGAGAUUUUUCGGAUGUUGGCGGUCAUUUUAUGGCUUGGGAAUGUCCAGUACGAGGAGAUGGAUGAUGGUAACGCUAAGGUGGCAGAUACUAGCGUUACCGACUUCAUCGCGUACUUGAUGGACGUGGACGGUGCACUCAUGCAGAAGGUAAUGACGAUCAGAAUAAUGGAGACGCAGCGCGGUGGGCGACGGGGAUCUGUAUACGAUGUUCCCCUUAAUCCUGCACAGGCUAGUGCCGGACGCGAUGCCUUAGCGAAGGCAAUUUAUAACAACCUAUUCGAGUGGAUUGUGUCCAAGAUCAACGUCUCCAUGAAACCACGGUCCACCACUGCACAAUUGAUCGGUAUUUUGGAUAUCUUUGGCUUUGAGAUUUUUGAGGACAACUCAUUCGAGCAACUAUGUAUCAACUACGUAAACGAGAAGCUGCAGCAGAUCUUCAUCGAGCUGACACUGAAGACGGAGCAGGAGGAGUAUGUUCGUGAACAAAUCAAGUGGACGCCUAUUCAGUACUUCAACAACAAGAUCGUGUGCGACUUGAUCGAGGAGAAACGCCCGCCAGGCAUCUUCGCUGCACUAAAUGACGCUUGUGCGACAGCACACGCCGACCCCAGCGCGGCAGACAACAGCUUCGUGCAGCGCAUGGCGAGCUUGUCGAGCAACCCCCACUUCGAGUCUCGCGGUGCGCAGUUCCUCGUCAAGCACUACGCCGGUGACGUGAUGUACAACGUUGCCGGCAUGACGGACAAGAACAAGGAUGUGCUCGUCAAAGACUUACUGGACCUGGUUGCUGGUAGCAGCAAUCAGUUCCUCCGAGGUCUGUUUCCUGAUCGGCCAGACCCGAACAGCAAGAAGAGACCACCGACCGCUGGAGAUAGGAUCAAGUCAUCCGCUGCUGCCCUCGUUGAGAACUUAAUGCGCGCACAGCCUUCGUACAUCCGAACAAUCAAGCCGAAUCAGAACCGCAGCUCCACUGAGUACGAUAUCAAGGCGGUUUUACAUCAGGUCAAGUACUUGGGUUUACAAGAGAACAUUCGCAUUCGUCGAGCUGGAUUUGCGUACAGGAAUACGUUCGAGAAGAUGAUUGAGCGGUUUUACCUGCUCUCUCCUGCCACCUCGUACGCCGGUGAAUACACAUGGCAGGGAGAUGCGAAGUCAGGUUGCGAGAAGAUCCUCAUCGACACCGGCAUCGCGAAGGAGGAAUGGCAGAUGGGUGUGACGAAGGCAUUCAUCAAGAAUCCCGAGACGCUCUUUGCGCUAGAAACGAUGAGAGACCGAUAUUGGCACAAUAUGGCCGGCCGCAUACAACGUGCAUGGCGGAACUACAUGCGCUACAAGCACGAGUGCGCCCGGCGGAUUCAGCGCUUUUGGAAAAACAACAAGGAAGGCAUUGAGUACGCCAAGAUUCGCGACUAUGGCCACCAAAUUCUUGCUGGCAGGAAGGAGCGGCGGCGCUUCAGUCUCAUUAGCUACCGGCGGUUUAUGGGCGACUAUCUCGAUCUCAAUGGCAAAAGCGCGUUGGGCGAAGAGCUUCUGGCUGCUUGUGGCAUUGCUUACGAGAAUGUAGUUUUCAGCUCCAAGGUGCAGAUCCUUGUGUCGAAGGCAAUGCGUUCCAGCAAACUUAGUACACGAUUCCUCAUCGUGACACAGAAGGCUAUACACAUUGUCAUGGCCACAGAGAAGGAAGGUCGUAUGCAUAUGAUCCUGGAGCGCAAAAUUCCCCUGGUCACAAUCAAGAGUAUCGCUAUGUCUAAUCUAAGAGAUGACUGGAUGGCGUUGAACUGCGGAAUUACCGAGGAAGGGGAUCCCCUCAUUAGCUGUGUCUUCAAGACAGAACUUACAACUCACCUGAUGCAAUUGACGCAAGCCAGUAUUAGUCUGGUCAUAGGACCAAUCAUCGAUUAUAACAAGAAGAAGGACAAGAAGGCACAGGUGAAGUUCGUCAAGGAUGAGACUGUCCCUAGGAACGACCAGUACAAGAGUCAUACUGUGCAUGUCCCUUCUGGUGAGCCACCCAGCAGCCUAUCGCGCCCGCCAGCGAAGCGAAAGGUAGGCGUUGUGCGUCCGAUCGCACAAGGAAAGUUGCUACGGAAAGGUGGACCGUCAGAUAAACCAUCAUCGUCAAGAUCUAGGCCUACUACGCAGCCGCUACCUGGCAGGCCGACAGCUGCCGCUGCCAAACCGCAUACCCCAGCGUCCACAUUAACACCGACUGCGAAGGUAUCUCGUGCACCUCCUGGCAGGACGGUUGCGCCUCCGCCACCACCGCCACCACCACCUCCCCCAUCUUCAGGACCUGACGUCGAACUGUACCGGGCUAAGUAUGCUUUCGAGGGCCAAGAAGGUGAGAUGACCCUGAAGAAAGACGACAUUGUCGAGGUGGUCGAGAUGGGAGAUAGUGGUUGGUGGUUGGUAAAGAAAGAUGGCGCAGAAGGCUGGGCACCCAAUAACUACCUUGAGCUGGUUCCGAAGGCAGUUCCUCCUCCCCCUCCUCCUCCGCCGCCGCCAGUUCACCGUCGCGUGCCUUCUGCUACGUCGACGGCACCGAAAGUGGGUUUCAAGUCAAUAUCUGCAGAUCCUUCUGCCAGACCAGUGGCCGUAUUUCCGGGCAUGGCACCUGCAAACGGCUCCGCAGCACCAUGGAAGAGGGCGACGUCCGAAGGAAUGAACGGCACUUUACACGAUUCGACGCCUGCAAGCUCUCGGCCGACGAGCUCUUUGGCACAUAAGCCACCUCCAUUGGCAGUGAAACCGAAGCCUGGUCCACCACCCAUAGCCAGCAAGCCUGGCGCGCCCAAGGUUCCCGGUAAACCACCCGUUCCUAUGGCAUCUCGUCCUGGCGCUGCGCCUCCGAGGCCCAAAGUCGGCGGAGCGGUCAAACCUGCCGCGGUCGGGGGACAGUUGGACCUAGCAGCAGCGCUGGCUAAACGCGCGCAGAAAAUGGCGCACGAUGAGUGA